AUGCCACUCCUUCGGCAGCCACAUAUAUCCGCUUCAGAGCUUCGAUUCAUUUUCCCUCCCAAAUUUCAAAAACAGACCGAAGACGAAGACGGAAGACCCCUCUCCUCCUCUAGGGUUCGCGACGGAGACGACGAUGAGCGUUCCGAUGGAGAUCUCGGUCACCGAUCUGGCCAUCCGCGACCAGAACGGCGCCGCUCCUCCGCCUCCAUCUCCGCCGCCGCCGCCGCGCCCGCGCCGCCGGUCUCCGACGACAAGAUCCUCGUCCCCGUCGAGGUCUGCUUGAAACCCUCCAGCACGGCUCGCACAGACGAUGUCAGAUCUGCCGUCGAGAGGAUGCUUGAAAAGCGCAGUUUGAGCUACAGCGAUGGCCCCGUUCCUGUGCCGAUCGAUUACGUGUUUCUUGUGGAUAAUGUUUGGAGAAUUCGUAUUUGCGAGACCGAUGAGGGUGUCAAAGAUCAUGGCGUUCUUUUGUUCUGGCAAGUCAAGCCUGUCGUGCAUGUUUUCCAGCUUAGCGAGGAAGGACCAUGUGAAGAAUCAAGUGCUGAUGGCCAACUAUCUAGUUUCCAUGAGUGGAUACUCCCUGCAAAGGAAUUUGAUGGGAUUUGGGAAAGCUUAAUUUAUGAACCAGGUCUGAAGCAAAGGCUGUUGCGGUAUGCUCAAAGUGCACUACUUUUCACUGAAAAGGGUGUGGAUCCCUUUUUAGUGUCUUGGAACCGCAUCAUUCUUUUACAUGGACCUCCAGGGACAGGAAAGACAUCAUUAUGCAAAGCUCUAGCACAGAAGUUGUCUAUACGUUUUAAUUCGAGAUAUCCACAGUGCCAAUUAAUUGAAGUUAAUGCACACUCUUUGUUCAGUAAAUGGUUCUCCGAAAGUGGCAAGUUGGUUGCAAGGCUUUUUGAAAAAAUUCAAGAGAUGGUGGAGGAAGAAAACAAUCUGGUAUUUGUUUUGAUUGAUGAAGUGGAAAGUCUUGCAGCAGCCCGAAAAGCUGCUUUGUCUGGUUCUGAACCUUCAGAUUCAAUUCGGGUUGUGAAUGCACUGCUGACUCAGAUGGACAAGUUGAAGUCAUCACCAAACGUAAUAAUUAUGACAACAUCAAACAUUACAGCUGCUAUCGAUGUUGCGUUUGUUGAUAGAGCUGACAUCAAAGCAUAUAUUGGUCCCCCGACUCUUCAUGCUCGAUACGAAAUCUUACGUUCUUGUGUGCAGGAACUUAUGAGAGCAGGAAUACUGUCAGAUACAGAGGAGCCGGUUAAGUUCACUCUUCCAAAUUAUGCAACUGCUCAAGAAAGGCAGGUUGCCCAGGGACCAGAGAUGGAAGGACUUUGCAAAAUGUUGCUUGAAGUUGCAGAGACAUGUGAGGGAUUGAGCGGAAGAUCAUUAAGGAGGCUCCCAUUCUUGACACACGCAUCUCUUGCAGAUGCUUAUUCUUGUGAUCUAGCCAAAUUCUUGUGUACUAUGAGAGACACAGCAAAAAAGGAGCAGACUGAGCUACCUGAUUGAAGUAACCUUGGUGUACAAGAGAUGUCAUGCCUAAGUUUACUGGGUAAAGGGACAGUUUUCGCAAUUCCUUAUGCCUUCUGCUGUCACGAGAAGGUGCACCAUGCAGUAAAGGGACAAGCUAAUCCGCAUGGAUAAGCAUUUACUGAUCAAAGAUGGCAUAAGUAUUAUGUCCCCAUAUAGCCUUUUCUAAAAUCAAAGCUGCGGCCUCUUUCUGCAGAGUAUUCAGUAGAUUUCAGCAGAUUUACUUAAAAAUCAAUCAAGUUUUAUGGCAGGCGCUACAGCUUUGGGAGGAUAAGGGAGCAUGUAGCACGAGAAGGGGCACCUAUCCAAUUAUUCAAUCGGCUAAUCCGCAAGCCGCACAAUGCUCCUCCACUUUUGUAGAGAAAAUAGCAGCUUUUCCAUUUCUUGGUUUCUCAUGUAUUCUAUCGUUUUCCUAUGUUGUCCGUGCAUUAAUCCUUGAAUCAGAAUCUGCAUCUAGAUGUA